CGGCAAGCCGGCCCCGAAAAUCUUCCGGAGCUGCUCGCGCUGCGAACGCAAAUGUGCAGCAAACAGGGCGUGGCCGACUCGUUGAUCCCGGAAAGCCUUCUCGCGGGGCUGGCUGGCGCGGACGGCACGGAGUUUCCACCGGUGUCUGCGAUUCUGGGAGGCAUCCUCGGCCAGGAAGUAGUCAAGGCUCUGUCUGGCAAAGGAGAUCCUUUGCGAAGCUUCUUCUACUUCGACACUGACGACGGCAAAGGAAUCAUCGAGGAGAUAAUCAGUUAGAUCGAUUACACGCACACCCAUUUGUUUAGGGUUGGGGUACCUCUUUGGAUCCUGGCAAGGCAUGUAGUCACGAUUCCACUCGCUGGCCCCAGCUUUGCGGGCGGCCUGGCACUAGACGGGGGUCACAGAUUUGAUGGCGUCUCGGCACGCCAGCACUAGCAGCAGCAGCAGUAGAAGCAUUGGCGACGAGAUCCAAGCCAAACACCAAGGGGGACAGGAUGAAGAAGAAGAAGAAGAAGGAGAGUCGAGUGAAGAGGAAGAGGAAGAGGAAGAGGAGGAGGAGGAGGCAUCGUCCGAGGAGGAGGGCGUCGACGAAUACAAGCGUGGAGGCUACCACCCAGUGUGCAUUGGCGAUAGCUUCUCGGGUGGGCGCUACGUCGUGCAGCGCAAGGUGGGAUGGGGUCACUUCUCCACGGUAUGGCUCGCCUGGGACACCCAGCAAAAGAGGUAUGUGGCUCUCAAGGUCCAGAAGAGUGCCAAGCACUACACGGAGGCUGCAUUUGACGAGAUCUCCAUCCUCAAGCAGAUCGCCGACGGCGAUCCCAGCAACUCCAAGUGCGUGGUGAAGCUUCUGGACCACUUCAAGCACUCGGGCCCCAAUGGCCAGCACGUAUGCAUGGUGUUUGAGUUCUUGGGUGACAACCUCCUCACCAUCAUCAAGCUCUACAACUAUCGAGGCCUGCCGCUGCCCAUGGUGAAGCAGCUGUCCAUGCAGAUCCUCAUCGGCCUCGACUAUCUUCACCGCCAGCUCUCCAUCAUCCACACCGACCUCAAGCCCGAGAAUGUGCUGCUCACGCUGCCGCUGGACCCGUCCAAGGACCCGCUCAAGUCUGGAGCUCCUCUCAUCCUCUCCAAGCCCGCCGCCGCCGCCGCCGCCGCCGCUGCCACUGCCACUGCCGGCGUUACCAGCAGCUCGCAGCCGCUGUCCAAGAGCCAGAAGAAGAAGCUCAAGAAGAAGGCGGCCAAGGACAAGACUGGCAAGGACAAGGACAUGGACAAGGCAGCCGAGGCGAUGGUGGCCACAGUGGACGCAACAGCAGCGGCGGUAGAAUCAGGCAAAGGCGGCAGUGAUGGAGCUCCUCGACACGAGAACCACAAGAUCCAUGCUGAUGAAGCAACAGGAGCAGCGGAUGCCCAGGCUCCCGGGGAGGCCCCUCGGCUGGCCAACAAGCACGAGAAGCGGCUCAAGGUGACGGACCUUGGCGAGCUGGACCUGAGAUGCAAGAUUGUCGACCUGGGGAAUGCGUGCUGGACAUACAAGCAGUUCACCAAUGACAUCCAGACGAGACAGUAUCGCAGCCCCGAGGUUCUUCUCGGCUGCAAGUACUCCACUCCGGUGGACAUAUGGUCUUUUGCUUGCCUGGUGUUUGAGCUAGCUACGGGUGACGUGCUCUUCGAUCCUCACAGCGGUGACCAAUUUGACAAGGACGAGGACCAUCUCGCUCUCAUGAUAGAGCUCCUGGGCCGAAUGCCUAGGAAGGUCUCGCUCGGCGGCCGCUUCUCUCGGGAGUUUUUCAAUCGCCAGGGCGAUCUUCGGCACAUAAAGAAGCUACGCUAUUGGCCCUUGGACAAGGUUCUGCACGACAAGUAUUCCUUUCCUGCCCAAGAUGCACAGGAGCUGGCCGAGUUUCUGUGCCCGCUCCUCGACUUCGUGGCUGACAAGCGCCCCACUGCUGGCCAGUGCCUUCUCCAUCCCUGGGUAAUUCCUGUGCCUCGGACGAUCUCCACACCAGUGGCACCAGCAACACCAGCAGCAGCACCAGCAGUUGCAGCGGAGGUGCUUGUAGCUGCUCCUGCCGCUGGUGUCCUUGACAAGAAGAGAAGCGAGAGCAGCGAGGCCAUGAAGAAGGCCGAGGUUGCCAUGGGCAAUAUAGCUAUUGCUGGGAUAAUUGCCGAUGCUUCUCAACAAGACUAAAUACUUUGUCUUUUUGUUGUAUCGAUUGUUCUCUAUUUAUGUCACACCUGACGGCCAAUUCUCCAGGAAA